GGGUCUGUUGCGAAGUUUGAGGAAGACAAGAUCGAGCCGCGGAAACGGGGCAGGGAGGGAAGCAGAGAGGGGCGGACUCGGUCGUAGAGGCCUUUUCGUACCGUAGGGAAGACAGGGAAGGCGGUCAGUGGCUCCUAGGGAGGUACCGCUGUUGCAGGAAACCGCGUGCCAGGGAAAGGACAGAAGAAGGGUUCUCUUGGAGCAGACCAAAGGUCUCUUUCCUGCAGUGGCUGUCAUCUGUGUGUUUCUUGGAAGCCCGCAAGUAGGGCGCAAGGAUAGGAGCCUUCUCGUCUAUUGUUCUUCCCAACAUUGCCCAUGGAUGAGUUGGUGCAUGAUUUGUUCUCGGCCCUCGAGCAGACUUCUGAACAGAAAAAGCUGGAUGAGCUGUGUGAAGAAAUGACUUUGAGCCCAAGGCAGCAGCGUCGACAGCUUCGCAAGAGGCGAGGACGCAAACGGCGUUCAGACCUCACACACCAAGCAGAGCAUGCCUGCUGCUACAGUGGGGCCUCUGAGUCCAGCUUGGAUGAAGUUGCAGAAGACUGUUGGGAAGUGCUAACUGCCAACUUCAGUGACUCAGAUGACAUGGCAGUAGCCAAACGUCAUCCAACACUCAGUGCAACUCUCAGGAGUAAGCAGCACACCUGGCAUGAGUCAGACUCAUUCACUGAGAAUGCACCUUGCCGACCACUCAGGCGCCGUCGAAAGGUCAAGCGUGUGACUUCAGAGGUGGCUGCUAGCCUUCAACAAAAACUCAGAGUAUCAGAAUGGAGUUAUGAGAAGGGUUGCAGGUUCAAAUCUGCUAAGAAGCAGCGUCUGUCUCGCUGGAAGGAGAAUGCUCCCUGGACAUCAUCCAGCCGAGGACUGUGUGAGUCAGCAGAGACCAGGGCUUUCCUCAGCAAAGGUGGAAGGAAUGAGAGGAUGGAAUGUGAAGCAGAUGAACAGAAACAGGGUUCUGAUGAAAACAUGUCCGAAUGUGAAACCAGCAGUGUGUGUAGCAGCAGUGACACUGGCCUUUUCACCAAUGAUGAAGGUCGCCAAGGUGAUGAUGAGCAGAGUGAUUGGUUCUACGAAGGAGAAUGUGUCUCAGGAUUCACAGUUCCCAACCUCCUGCCCAAGUGGGGAACUGACCGUCAAUCUGAAAUGGAACGAAUGGACUCCAGCCUUGAAAAAAUCUCAGAUCCAACUUUCCUUCUACCCUCUAGGCCUGCUACCAGAGGAUUUCAUGCCCGCUUGAAUCGCCUUCCCAGUGUUGCUACCCGCUGCCUCAGGAAGGGCCGUAGGAGGCUGGUUAGCAAGGAGACCAUCAUGAGUGCUUUGGGCACAGAGAGGAUUAGCCACAUCAUUGGUGAUUCCUGCCAAAAAGAUUUCUGGUUGCCAUCAAUGGGAAUGAGAGAUCGCAACCAGUUCAAUCCACUCUCUCCUCUAUAUUCUUUGGACGUUUUUGCUGAUGCCUCACACCGAAGGUGCUCACCAGCACACUGCACUGCCAGGCAAAGUAAUAUACAUCUGGGACCUCCAUGCUCAAGGGAUAUCAAGAGGAAGCGCAAGCCAGUGUUAGCAACUGCUUCCCUUUCCAGCCCAACCUCAGCAGCUUUAUCCAUCCAUAUAGAUGCAUCAGAUCCUGGCCUGCCUGUGGCGCACUCUCAAAGGCAGCAGAACUGACUGGGGAGGCAGAAUCUGUUCAUCGGAAAGAAGUGCCAUCAUAACUACCCAAGGCAGCUUUUUUUGAAAUUGCCACGCAAGAUGGUCCUUGACUGCAUUAGGAGGCAGCUGUUCUUUAAGAACUUACUGGGCUUUUAUAUCUUGGACUUCAGAAAAUUUUCAUCAAAUGCUUUGACUGGCAAUAACUAUUUCUUCAGUGUUAGCAUGUGACAUGUCUGAAUGAUAUGUUUGCUCCAUAUAUCCUGCAAAUCAUGUUUGUAAAUCUGUGUAAAUGUUGGGGUUUCCAUAUUUCUAAUGUUCCUGCUAUUGCUGUGCAUAUAUUCAUUGCACACUCUUAUUUCCCCACUGUUGAGGGUGUUUUAUUGAAAUAGCAUUGGUUAUUGCAGAUUUGUGUUGUUGCAAAACUCUUUAUUCCACAGACAUACCAGAUGUAGCAGAGUCCUAUAUCCAGCAGAAGAAAUUAUAAAUAUAAUGCAUUGAAGAGGCAGAGCCUGUGUCUAGCAAGAAUAAGAACUGAACACAAGACUGUAGGGAUCCUUCAUUAGAGUGGAGGUUAGAAGAGGAUAAAUGCUUUCUAUGACUAGGGUGACUUGAAUUUUAUAUUGGGAACAUUUCCAAAGGCAACCUGUUGGAUAACAUAUUGAAUGAACAGGCCAGAUGUGUCCUUUAUCUAGUAUUGCAGCUUUUUGCUCCUGGGCCACUGGUUCUGUUCCUAGUGUUGACUCUAAAUUAGAGUUUCCUCCCUGUGUGCUUCAGUUUGCUGUCUCUCAUACCAUGCAGGCUAGUGGUGUCAUAAAUGUGGACUGUGUUUUUGGAAAACAGAGCAAUAUAACUUUUAAAGUGAAUGACAGUGAAAGGACUAUGAACUGUAGCUGUUCUGAUUUAGAAGUUAUGGUAAGAAUCAUUGGAGACAUUGCUUUGCUGUUCUUACAUUUAAAAUACCAUGUGGUUUCACAAAGUUGUUGUGCAGACACAACCUUGUUGUCCCGUGCCUCCCCAUUUUUUUUUUUUUUUGUCCCUGUGAAUGAUUUUUUAAAAACCUGUGAGUGUGGUCACACAAUAGUAACUGUGGGGUAUGCCCCCUCAUGUAUGUACACAUGCUCACACUCAUGUGCUACCCAUGUCAGUGCUGCCUUCCUGCCAUGCUGCAGGCCAGCCUGUAUUCUUCCAGGUUCCCAUCCCCUGUUUGUCCAGGGCACUGCUCUCUCCUCUCUGUUGUGCCUCCUCCCCCUCACUCGCAUCCCUCUACAGCAUCAUCAAACGCAUAGUGGGGCUUUGAGUGGGAUUGUGCAAAGCAUACCACCUGCCACUGCACACUUAACCCACACUGUCACCAGUGUAGCAGGCCUACUUCACUGCUAACAACUUUUUGUCCUCCCCUCAUGCUGCUGCAGAUCAGGAAAGAGCCUUGGCAUCCCUGCAUGGAUGCAUAAGCUGCGUAAGCCCUACAGACGUCUCCAUCAAUUGCUUCAAAAGGGCAUGGAAAGCUCAUAAAUUACUUCAUAGAGGUUGUUUUGUAGACAGGUGGCAACUGAACAGUUCUUUUUCAGAUCCCCACCCAUUGCUCCAAUUGAAAAUUGUCCAAAGGAAAAUUGACACCUCCAUCGCCCUGUAGAGGCCAGGCAUGGCUUUGCAGAGCCUUCAUAGUGGUGCUUUCCUACUCCAGCCAGUCUGACUUGCCUCACUCCAGACUCCCUGCCUCUUCACGCUCUUUACCAAGGCCUUCAUCAAUAAGUGUUGCACUGGAUCAAACCAAGGAUGUAACUAGUCCAGCAUUAUUUCUGCACAGUGGCCAACUAAAUACUUGUUUGAAGUCCGUAUGCUGGGCAGGAGCUCAAUAGUACCUUCCUCGUAGCUUUAUUUUGCAUGAAUUUGUCCUUUCCUGUCAUCUGUUCUGAAUCUCCCACUGUUGAAUUUCAUUCAACAACCUUGGGUUCUACUAUUAUGAAGAAGUUUGUUCCACAGUUAACCUUUUUUCUAAGUGCAGUGUCCCAAAUGUUCUAACUUUUGAUCUAAGAGGAGUGGCUUCUGUCCCUUGAUCAUUUUGGUUGACUCUUUCCAGCUCUACAAUAUUCAGUAUUUCUUUUUGAUAUUCCAUCAAUCAGAAUAAAUGUGGCUUAUAUAGAUUUGUAUAAGUACAUGCUAUGUACUAUCAAGUUGUCUCUGACUUAUGGUGACCCUAUGAAUCCAUGCCCUCCAAAAUAUCCUGUCCUACAUAGCUCUGCUCAGCUGUUGUGAAUGCAAAACUGUGGCUUACUUUAUAGAACCAAGCCAUAUCAUAUUUGGUCUUUCUUCUGCCUUCAACUUUCCCUAGCAUUAUUGUCUUCUUCUGAGAGCCUUGCCUUUUCACAAUGUGUGUUUGGUCAUUUUUGCUUCCAGGGAAAGUUCUGCAUUGAUUUGAUCUAGGACCGACUUGUUCGUCUCACUUUUUCUGCAGAGUAUUUACAAAGCUCUCUUCCAGUACCAUGUUUUGAACACAUCUCUUCCUAUUUGCUUCAACUUUCACCCCCAUACAUAUUGAUUGGGACUGUAAUAGCACAGAGGAUCUUGGCCUUGGUCUCCAGUGAAACUUACUUACAUUUGAUCUUUUCUAGUUCUUUCACUGCUGCUCUUCCAAGUCUCAGUCUCCUUUGAAUUUCUUGGUUGCUGUCUCCCUUUGAAUUGAUGACUGAGCCAAGCUCUGUAAAGUCUUUCACAAUUUCAGCCAGUUCAGGCCUGACCUUAAAAGUUGUGUAGUAGUUGUUGUUUUUCUUUUCUUGAUGUUCAGCUGCAGUCCUGUUUUUACACUUUCUUCUUUCACUUUCAGCACGAGUUGUUUCAAUUCACUGCUGCUGUCUACCAGUAAUAUCGUAUUAUCUGUAUAUCGUAAAGUAUUGAUGUGUAUUCUGCCAGUUUUCACUCCUUCCUCUGUUCUUUCCUUAUUGAACAGAUAAGGAGAUAAUAUAUACCCUUGUCUGAUGCCUUUGCCUAUAGGAAACCAUUCUGUGACCAAACUAACAGUAGCUUGCCGUGGUAUGAGGUACACAUUGAGACACCCUCAUUUCUUUUCCAUAAUUUCUCAUGAUACACACAGUCAAAAGCUUUGCUGCAGUCCAUAAAGCAUGGACUGUUCUUUUGAAAUUCUUCGGUGUGCUCCAGUAGCCAAUGCAUAUUUAUGAUAUGAUUCUGAGUCCCUCUUCCUUUUUGUGAUCCAGCUUGAAUGUCAGGCAUUGCUUGUUCCAUAUAGGAUAAUAUUCUUUGUUGUAACACCUUGAGCAUGACUUUGUUUGUAUGAGAAAUUAGUGCAGUGAUCCUAUAGUUGUUGAGCUCCUUAGUAUCUCCUUUCUUGGGGAUUGGAAUGUAUACUGAAAAUGUUCAGUCUGUGGGGUAUUGUUUUGUUUUCCAUAUAUGUUGACCUAUUCUUGUUAGGAUUUUGACUGAUUCUGUCUCUGCAACGUGGAAUUAUUCUCUUGGUACCCUGUGUACUCCAGGUGCUUUAUUAGUUCCAAGUACUUUUGGAGCUGUGUUCACAUCAGUUUCUUUUAGCGUAGGCUUUUCCACAUAGAAUUCCUCUUGGAAGGACUCUGUCACCCUUUCAUUUUUUCCAUAUAGUUCUUCAGUAUAUAGUUUCUACCUUCUCUUUAUUUUUUUCUGGUCAGAUAGUAUGGUCCCCUGUUAGUCUUUCAGAUUUGAUUUUCCCUUCGAUUUUUUUAGAUUUUGUGGAAGAGGUCUCUUGUUUUUCCUCUGUGGUGUUCUUUUUCUUUGCACUGGUCAUUGUAAUAGUUCUUUUUGUUUCCACAGAAUAGUUGCUGAAACCUUGCAUUCAGGAUUAUGUCCCUACUUCUGUAGCCAUUUGAUUUUGCUUCUCACCUGUGCUUACUUGUUUCUUCCAUCAUCCAUUUAGGCCUUUUCUUUCUUUUUUCCUAGAGGAAUUAUCUUUUUGUAUUCUUUCCUAAUAAUAUCUCUGGUUUCAGUCCACAUUGUUUCUGGCUCAUGGUCAGUUGAGUUCAGUAAAGGAAAUCUGUUUUUUAUGUGGACUUCAGAAAUUUUAUUUAAAUUGCAUUUUGCUACAAUGCUUCUCUGAUCUUUUUCAGCUUUAUUCUGAUUUUUGAUAUGAAGAGUUCAUGGUCACUACUACAAUCUGCUUCUGGCCUUGGUUUGGUAGCAAAAAAACAGCUUUUCCAUCUCCUAACUCUAGUUAUGUUAUCCAGUGGAUUUCUAUAUCAGCCAUCUGGUGAUGUCUAUGUUUACAGUAAUUUGAUCAUUGUCUGAAAUAAGUAUUUGCAAUAAACAGAUUGUUGGCUUCACUGUGAGUUGUUCUCCUGCUUCACUUCUGACUCCCUACACCAAAUUCUCCAACAACAUUGGUUUCUGCUUUUUUUCCUACUCUUGCAUUCCAGUCACCUAUGAUUAUCAGCAUGUCUUGUUUUGGUGUCAUCAAUUUCAUCUUGGAAAAUUGCAUAGAAGUUAUCAGUUUCUAAUUCAGCAUCCGAUAUUGGAGCAUAGACUUGGAUGAUGGUUAUGCUGACACAUUUUCCAAGAAUUCUGACUGAUAUGAUUUGGUCAGAAUUUGCAUUAUAGCCCCUUACUGCCUGUGCUAAGUCUUCCCUCAGAAUUAGAGCCAUUCCAGUUCAUCUGAGUUUGUCACUUUGUGUUCGUCUGACUUAAAAUGUUCCAGUCUAGUCCACUUUAGUUCUCUCAUGCCAAAUACUGCAGUUUAACCAUAGUAUUUCAUGCUUUUACAGUUUCCAGUUUGCCUUGAUAGGAUUUCUCACUUUCCAGGUUCCAUUUGUAUAUGUUGUGCAGCACUGGGAUUUCCAUUUGCUUGUGGGCAUGUCAGCAACUAGAGUUCCUUUUGGCUUUGAUCUAGUUGUGUCAGUGACAGCACUAUUUGUUUUUGUCCUUUGCUCUGCUGCAGUAGUUGGUUGAGUGACUUCUGGCCUGGGAACCUCAUCUUCUGGCACUAUCUCUUACUUCAUUUUGGAUUGUUUCCUCAUAGGCUUUCAAGGUAAGAAUAUUCAGAAGUGUUUUACCAUAGCUUUCUUCUAUGGCAGCCAGUGGCUGCCAGAAUUUGCUUGAAUGUCACUGCUGUUGGCUGUGAAAGAUAAAAGCAUAAGUAUUGUAUUUUUAUUUCUUUCCUAAUGAUCUCCAAUAUGGAAUUGGCCACACAGCUGCUGCAUAUUGUCUCGACAUUUAUGUUGAGCUGUUUGCCACAACUUCCAAGAUUUCUUUCUUGGUUAGACACAUUUAAGUUCUAUCACCAUAUGUGUGAUAUUAGGACCUUUUGCCUCAAUGUGCAGGACUUUACACUUACAUGGAACAGUAUUUGCCAUUUUAUUCUACAUACUGCCCAUUUUGGGAGGUACUUUUGUAACAAUUCACAACCUUUUUAUUUUAACCACCCUAAAUAAUUUGACAUCAACAGCAUAUCUGGUCAUCUCACUGUUCAGCCACUCCAGAUCAUUUAUCAACAAGUUAAACUGUUCCAAUUCAGAUCAUUGUGGAGCCCUGCUAUUCACAUCCUUCCAUUGUGAGAACUUGACCAUUCCUACUUUCUGUCCAUAAGAGAAUCUUUCCUCUUAUGCCAUGACUGCCCAGCUUGCUUGGACUAAGGGAUCUGGUCAAGAAAGUUUUGGAUGUCUGGGUAACCAGUGUUUACUGGAUAACCCUAUCUGCAUAUUUAUUGAUAUACUGGAGACCUCUAUAAGGUUAGUGAGAUAGGACUCAGCUUUACAGAAACUGUUCUUUUCAGGCAGAACUUGUUCUUUUAGAAUCUUGAUAACUGGAUCUUUUAAAAAGCUUUCCACCAAGUUGCCUAGAACAGAUGCUAAGCUAAACAGACUGAUACCUGCAAUCACAUAAGCUACUCUCCAGUCCUCUGGUGCAGAGGUGGAUCUGAAGGACAUGUUACAUAUUUUUGUAAGAUGGUCAACAAUUUUGCAUUUAAGUUCUUUAAAACUCUUGGAUAAUAUCUGGAUCUAGUGAAGUGUUUGCUUUCACUUUGUCCUAAGAUCAAGAACAUCAUCACUUGACAUUUGGUUUAGUUCCUCAGACCUCCUUCCUGAAAACAACAGCUUAGGCAUGGAUAUCUGCUCUACAUCUUUGCCGCUGAAGGCAGGUAUCAUCUUUAUUAUUUUUCUAUCGGCUCCCUGUCCUGCUGAAGAAGUCAAAAUGAAAAAUGACUUACCAGUGACCCUUGGCCAUCCUUCUGACCACUCCUGAGCCCUGCCACCAUACAUCAACAUAGGGCCCAACAGGAUGAGUCUCCAGUGGGAGGACCCCACAUUUUGUCUUCAAGCUGGACUGUUGGCAACUCAUACCUUCUUGGCGGUAUGAACUGAGAAGAGCAUACUGACAUCAGCAUUUUCUUUCUUCAUUUAAAAGAAAAUAUGAGAGAGAGGCUACACGUGUUUGCAUGUAAGCAGUGGUACUUUUUUCUACAACUACUUGCUAACCAUUUUUGGUAUAUGUAGCAGGUUGCAAAAUAAUCCAGAUUUCUUGGUACCAGUAUCAGUUUUGUGGAGUCUUGACAACUAUGACCCUAUAGGUUUUCCUCUAGUACUGUUUGUAAUACAAAAUGUCUUUUUAUGCUCAUUUUAAAUUACCUGUGUGAAACCCAUGGAUUUCACUUUCACAAGAUGUUGCUGUGUGUGUAUCCAGAGUCAACUAAUAUAUCUGAUUGGAUCCCAUUGGCUGUGUGGCACUUAAGAUGCGAGGCCAGAAUGAAUAUAUCCACAGACUUGCUUCUGUGCAAAUGGAAUCCCAUCAUUUGGAGUAAAUUGAUGUUGCUAAUAUUUAGACAAAGAAUUAAGAGGUGUCAUUUGCUUUUAUAAUGAUUUUAUUUCCUUGCCUUAACUCAUGAAAUGAACAGUGUAUGGGGGGCCCAAGAAAAUGUAUUAACUGUAUACAGAAAUAUUUAAAUUGUAGGCCUGGGAACUGCCACCAAUUGUGUUGCUGGAUUUUGUCACAUGUGAUGUUAUGGGUUUAUUAGAUAAUGUAGAGCAGUUUAGAAAUGCCUUACUAAUAUGGCUAUAUCAAUGCCUUCCCUAUAUCUGAUGAAUCAUGUAUCCCAGGUCCAGAGCUUCGUUAACAGAGUCCGUGCGUUUUUCUGACGCUGCCUGAGAGGGGAAAGUCCCUUUCUUGUAUGAAAGAUGCUCAGGUCAAGGGUUUAUUUGAAUGUUUGUUGAAAAUUUGAGAGACAUUGGAGAGAGUCACCAUCAUAACAGUGUUGCUUCCGGGUGAGGCAUUUUAUUGUUUUCAGUGUAAACUUCUAUGGAAAUGAAUGGGAGCCACCAUGUGUACUAUAUUAGUUCUCCCCAACCUGGUCAUGCUCAUGCUAGCUGGGAAUUACAGAAGUUGCAGUCCAACACAUCUGGGAGGUGCCUGCUUGGAGAAGGUGGUGCUACAUCAAACAUCCCUGCACUGCACAAUGGGGAUUAGCUUGUGCUCCAGAUUACUCUUUAUCUCCAGUUUAUUUCGGAGAUAGAGUUGGGACUUGGUUAGAACACAGGUUUGGGUUUAUAAGAAAUACUUCCAAGAAUUAAGUUAGAUGAGGUGAUGCUGAGUUAGUUUCACUAGCUCCUCAUUUGUAUUAAGCUUUCAACUUAUUUCCCCAUGUAAUGUCUGUGAAAUAUAAGAAAAACCUGUGCCUAAUUGUUUCAAGGAAAAAACCCAAACUUGCUCAUUUGUGACUUUGCAUUGCUGAGAUUAAUUCCAAUGUGUCUGAAAUUGUAAUCCCUUUGCUUUUUACUUUUAUUUUUGUGUUUAGUUUGUUUAUAUGCAUAGCCACUACUAUAUUUAACAGGUCAGAUACUCAAAGUGGGAUACUAGUUUAGCAUGUGAACCAUGUAAGCAGAGCUCUGUUAAUUCCACAUAGAAUAAAUUUAAAAAUUUUUAAAGAAAUGCAUAUUUUUUCAGCAGGAGAAUCAUAAUUUUCUGCCUGGAAUACAUAGUAUGAGUAACAAAUUAUUCAAAUUUGCAUAAUUCUUACUACAGUGUGGAUUAUGGAUAUGUUUUUUUAAAAAAAGUUAUUAGUAAUGGUGGAGUUCAUAGCAGAAUGGAAGUAAUUGUCGAGGUGUGAACAGGAUCUUGAUAACCCUGCAGCACCUUCCAGAUUCUUCAAAAAAAAAAAAAAUGCUCAUACAUUUGUGGAACCCACAGGGCUCUGCAUAUAAGUGCUGAAAAAGUUAUGUGAAGUUUAGAUUUUAUGUAUUACACUAUGGCUGCACUCAGAUGCCAUGUUCUUCAAUGCUCUAUGGUUUCAAGGAUUGACCUAUAUGUGCUUCAGUGUUUUUUAUUUUAAUUUUUAUAACAACUAUUGUGACCACCUCAAAAAUCCUGUAUCAGCUAAGUGUAGUUGAUCCUAUUGUGUUAAAAACAUCCUUAAAUCAAUUUAAUGUCUGUUCUAGGGCCUUGGUCCAGAUGCACUUGUGGGCAAAUAGUAGUGCGUGAUGACUAGUGACCCCCAUCCAUAUCAAAAGAUACACCCAGCCAUAACAUCGGGGCCUUGAUAAAUAUUGUGGAUGGGGAUACACAUCCAGAAAUGCAUCUGCACAAGCUAUGCAUGUGAAGACCUGAUAAUGCUCACUGAUAUCUCUUGCUUGAUUAAAACUCUGAAUGUGUGCGAAGGUUUAUUUCAUGAUAGAAGUAUACAAAACUAGGCAUGCUAUGAAGAAAAUGGAUGGAGAGAAGUUUUUCUUCCUCUCACCUAGAACCUGGGGUCACCCAAUGGAAAAGAGUGGCUGGAAAUUCAGGAUUUAGAAAAGGGAGUGCUUCUUGAUACAGUGUAUUGGUUAUCAAGUUUGCUGUUGAAAGUUGUGAUGGCCAGUACUUCAUAUGUAUUUAAAAGAGAACUGGGGUGAAGAAUCUCUUUGGGGUUCAUAACCAUGACGGCUGUAUAGGUAUCUCCACCUGCAGGGGCAGCAGGCUACUGAAUUCCAGGUGCUAUGUAAGCAACAAGAGAACUGUUGUUUUCAUAUCUUGCUUGUAGGUUUCCCAGAGGCAUCUGGUUGACCACUGGGAAAGAAGUGAAUGGACCUUUGUUCUGAUCUGGCAGGGCUCUUCCUAGAUUCUUAAUUUUGGGUUUUGCUUUUUGUCCUUUCCCCUCUGACUUAGUCUAACUGCAGGACAUCUAAUCUAUUUUAAGUCAGGCCCACACUAGGGUAGAGUAGGCUUGCCCAGAGCAAUCAGCAAGAGAUCUGGGAGAGUGCUGAAGCUUAGGCUGUCUUGUCUUAACUGCUGCACAGUGGCUUCUGAAUGAUCCAUGUGGUCUUCUAUAUACUGAAUUUUAGGUUGGCCUACAUUAUAUGGUGCGUUUUGUUGCCUCAAACCUUAUGUGCCAAAGGCAUGUGAACAAACCCAUAUGGACUAAUCAAUACUCAAGAAAAAGUAUGGCGCACAGGGCAGCUAUCAUGUGAUAUGGUUACUCACAUAUGGGGGGAAUAGUCUCAGAAGUUCUCCUUCAUGUCCCUUGAACUCAAAGAUACAGCCUGGCAUUGCAGAUCUAGGGGUCAGAAACCUACCUAGAAGCAUAGGUUGCGUCCCAUUGUGACAACCUGUAUCCUUGUUUUGACACUUUGUCACUAACUUAGAAGUGUAAGAAAUGGAUUAAGGUAGUCUUAGUCCUGUAAUAGCACAUGGAAUGUUCUUGUCCACCCCAUCCAGGUUGAGGAAAGCUGUUCUCUAGAGCAUGAAGACUGGAUGCACAAAAUUGUUCUGCGGGCUCUGACAAGCUCAGUGUAGAUCUAUUCAGCUAUGCUGCCAGUCCUAGCCCCACUGUUCUGCAUAUGCAAAAUUGCCAAGCAUUUUAUAAAUAGUAGCAUCCUGCCUCAGAGAGACAACCCGUCUGCAACUUUUUACUGCAAAAAUUCAUGAACUUGAUACCUUUUUAACAGUGGAGGACAAGAUUUUGUGUGUGUGUGUGUGACCUGGCUUUUCAGCAAAAUGUAAAAAAAAAAAAAAUACCUUCAUUUCUGAAAUUGGGUCAGGGUGCCAAAAUGCCCUUCUUUACCAAAACUCUUUCUUGCAAGAAUUUGUGCACUAAUGUUUAGUUUAUAUGCAGUGCCUCAAUAGUCAUAUCGGUGCUGGAGAUAGGAAACUGUCAGGCAGCUCUUCUGAUUUCAGAGUGCUUGGAUUAUACCUUCUCACAGAGGUCAGCUUCUCAAGGAGGUGGUAAACAUGUGUUCGAACUGCAGUUGGAGGCUGACCGGAUUGAAUGCGUCCCCAUAGAAAAACAGCACCCUUCCAUGACAGAAGAUUAGCAAGGCUAGGGGCAAGACCAGGCCAGCCUCCACACAGCCUCCUUUCUGUGUGAGGUGGAUUCAUUCAUUCAGUGCACUGGAGAAGUGAACCACAGAAAUAAAUGUAACUCUUUGCUGGAAACCAGGCUCUAUGGAAGGACCUGUGAAAUUAGUGGAGCUGCUUGUUUGAAUAACUCAUGUAAAAGUUUACCAAGUGGCAACUGUUCAACACUUGUUGAAUGACUGGGCUUCCUUGUGCCAGUUUGGUCUGCCAGUUUUCCCUAGCCAGGUGCCUUCAAGAUGUGUUAGACUAUUAAAUCUUGCUACUCUCAGCCAACACUGCCUUUGGGCAUGCUAGCUGAGGAUGAUGGGUUUGUAGUACAAACAGCCAGAGGGCAUUGAGUUGGGGAAGGUUGCUGUAGGCACUUCCCUUUCAUAGGCGUUUAACAGUGCAAGGUCUCUUCCUACCUUUACACAAAAGUCACUUGGGAAUCAAACUUUUCCAGCAGGCCUUGGACUCUUGGGGCCUUUGCCAGUUGCUUUUGGGGCAAGCAAUAUAUACAGUGAUGUGAUUCUGGAAUUUUAUUUCUGAAGCAUAACCUUUUAGAUAACAGCUUGCUUUGUAUGUUAAAUAAAGGUUUCCUGUUACCUGUGA